GCCAUGCUGAGUCCGAAGAUACGACAGACGCGCAGAGCGCGCUCCAAGAGCAUGGUGAUGGGAGAUGUGUCCACUGGUGGCCUGCGUGUGUGUAAUUCCUCGAGCGUCCAGGAGGGGGCGAUCAAGGCCGGCUGGCUCAGGAAGCAGAGGAGCAUCAUGAAGAACUGGCAGCUUAGAUGGUUCGUCCUCCGCACAGACCUGCUGUACUUUUACAAAGACCAAGAGGAGACCAAGCCACAGGGGUGUGUCCGUCUGCAAGGUUGCCAGGUGAGAGAGCAGUCGACCAAUCAGGAUGAGGCUGGAAGACACCUGUUUGAGAUCCUCCCAGGUGGAGGAGAGAAGGACAAAGAGAAGGAUAAAGAGAAGGAGAAGGAGAGAGAGAAGGAGAAGCCAUCCGUCAGUCACGAGUCUCUCCUGCUUAUGGCAGCCUCGCAGGCAGAGAUGGAGGAAUGGGUCAAAGCACUGCAGAGAGCCAUAGGAGGAGGUGUGUUUGGGCGUCGCUUGGAGGAGACCAUGGAGUGGGAGCGUGACCAGGGUGUGUGUGUGCGUCGCGAGUGUGAUCCGCGCGAGCCACAGGGUGUGUGUGUGCGCCUGGCGCCGCUGCUGGUGGAGCAGUGUGUGUGUUUCAUCCGGCAGCGUGGCCUACAGGAGGAGGGACUCUUCAGGAUGCCAGGACAGGCCAACCUCGUGAAGCAACUACAGGAUGCAUUUGACCACGGAGACAAGCCUCAGUUCGACAGUUCCACUGAUGUCCACACGGUGGCAUCGCUGUUGAAGCUCUAUCUUCGCGAGCUGCCGGAGCCCGUUGUUCCCUUCAGCAAGUUCCAGGAGUUCAUGGCCUGCGCUAAACUGCUCUCCAAAGACCAGGAGGCGGGCCUCCUGGAGCUGGGGAACCAGGUGAAGACACUCCCUCAAGUCAACUACAACCUCCUCAAAUACAUCUGCUCGUUUCUAGAUGAGGUCCAGUCAUAUUCUGAUGACAACAAGAUGGGGGUUCAGAAUCUGGCCACUGUGUUUGGUCCAAACAUCCUCCGCUCAGCUACCGAUGACCCACUACGCAUGAUGGAGGGCACAUCCCAAGUCCAGCAGCUGAUGACGGUGCUGAUCAGCGCUCACACGCGUCUGUUCGAGGGCGUGUGUGUGUGUGAGGGCCGCGAGGGAGGAGGUGGUGGUGUGUGUGUGCCUCCACCGCACCCUCUAACAGCAACGCAGCGCUGCAGUGCAGAGUGGGAAACGCUCUCCCCCACCACGGCCGACACCAACACGCAGACCAACACGCACUCGCACACUCAGACGCAGACGCUGACCCCCACGCCCCCUCAGACCCCGCCGGAGCCCCCGCGAGCUGAGAGCCCCAGCAAGCAGCGCCCUCUGUCAGGCUGGAGGUGCUCCUUCAGAGGGGGUCGUGUGGGGGGGUCGGCGGGUGACGUUUCCAGCGGGGGAGGGGGCAGAUCGGAUGCGGGGGGUGGCGGAGAUGGAGGAGGAGGGGGAGGAGGCAGCUGGCUGAUGAACGGCCUGUCCUCGCUACGCAACCACCGCCGCACCUCCUCCGGGGAGCGCGUGCCGGUCCGAGACCCCGCCCACAGCCACGCCCACCACCGCCUCUCCACCUACGACAACGUCAGCCUGCCCGGCCCGGCCCCCUCUCUGAGCGUGCCCAGUGUGUCCUCCUCGCUAAGCCCCGCCUCUUCCUGCGAGAUGGGCCUGCCGCACGGCGCCCACGCCACGACGACAGGCGUAUCGCCCGGCAACGCAGCGCACACGCCCGGCACGCCCGACAGCAGCCGGGGGUACGUGUGUGUGAGCGGCCGCCACACGCCCGAGAGCAUGUGUGUCAGCGGACGGAACACCCCGGAGAGUGUGUGUAUGAGCGGGAGGAACACGCCCGACAGUGUGUGUGCCAGAGAGGAGGCCGCCGCCACCACUGCUGCUGCUGCUGCUGCUCUGGAGUGUGUGAACACAGGAGGGGCGGAGACCAAGCAGGAGGCCAGCCAACCAGAAGGGAGCGAAGGAGACCAGGUUGACCAAUCAGAGAGGAGAGAGGGCCGGCCGCUAGAAGGAGCGAGCGAAGGGGAGCGAGAGGCAGUGGCAGAACUCAGAGCCGAACUGAAGAAACUCAAGAUGUCGUACGAGACACGGAUACACACGUGA